AAUGAAGAGAAGUGAAGGGAAGAGAAAAGAGAACAGAAUCAAGAAAAAGGUAAAAGAGUGUGAAAUCGUAUAAAUAAGAGCUGAGAAGAUUAUUUCAUCAAGAUUUCUUCUGAGAAAAAGAUGAUAUCUCUAGGGUUGUGCCAUUUCUUCCAAAUUUUUACAUGCAUUCUGCUAAUGACUCCUUCAUUUUCAGAGGACGAUUCUAAGACUUACAUUGUCUACAUGGGCGAACAUCCGAAGGGCGUAGAAUCCAUAGAAUUACUACACACGAGUAUGGUUCAAAAUGUUCUCGGCAGCAAAUUUGCACCAAAUGCUUUGCUGCACAGCUACAAAAGUUUUAAUGGAUUUGUCGCGAGGCUAACAAAUGAAGAAACAAAAAGAAUGAGAGGAAUGGAUGGUGUGGUCUCUGUUAUACCAAACAGAAACCAUAGGCUUGAAACAUCAAAGUCUUGGGACUUCAUAGGCUUCCCCGAACAAGUCAAAAGAACAAAUGUAGAAAGCAAUACAAUUGUUGGAGUAAUUGACAGUGGAAUUUGGCCUGAUUCUGAUAGCUUUAGCGGGGGAGGAUUUGGUCCACCACCACAGAAAUGGAAGGGAUCUUGUCGUAACUUUACCUGCAAUAACAAAAUAGUUGGAGCAAAAUAUUUCCGCAUUAAUGGUAUGUUUGGAAAAGGUGAUAUUAUAUCUCCAAAGGAUACGAGUGGCCAUGGGACUCACUGUGCAUCCAUUGCUGCUGGAAACUUAGUUAAGUCAGCAAGUUUUUUUGGGCUUGGCUUAGGGACAGCCAGAGGAGGAGUUCCACUGGCACGCAUUGCUGCAUACAAAGUUUGUUGGUCAGUGGGUUGUAGGGAAGCUGAUAUCCUUGCGGCAUUUGAUGAAGCCAUUAUGGAUGGUGUUGACAUUCUUUCUGUUUCAAUGGGACCUUCAAAGGUGCGAUACAAUAACUAUUUUGAAGACAUAUAUGCGAUAGGAGCUUUUCAUGCAUUGAAGAAAGGAAUAUUAAUGUCUAAAACUGCUGGCAAUUUGGGCUCAAAACCAUUCACAAUCUCAAAUAAUGCUCCAUGGUUCAUUUCUGUAGCUGCCAACACCAUAGAUAGAAAGUUUUUGACCAGUGUCCAGUUAGGCAAUGGCAAGAUCUAUCAGGGGGUUUCAGUAAAUACAUUUGAUCUAAAAAAUACAAGCUAUCCCUUAAUAUAUGCUGGAGAUGCACCUAACAUCAACGGUGGAUUUAAUAGUUCUACUUCCAGGUCUUGCCCUGAAGAUUCUUUGGACAUGGCUUUGGUGAAGGGAAAAAUUGUUUUAUGUGAUGGAUAUCGAGGUCCUAAAUCUCUGGGAUUGGCAUCAGGAGCUGCUGGUAUUAUAUUUCGAAGUAGCUCUUCAAAAGCUGUGGCACAUAUAUUUGCAUUGCCAGCGACUCACCUUAGCCAAAACGAUGGGACACUCGUAUAUUCUUACAUAAAGUCAAUGAGUAAUCCAACAGCUACUAUCUUUAAGAGUACUGAAGGCAAAGAUUCAUUAGCCCCUUACAUAGCUCCAUUCUCAUCCAGAGGUCCAAACAAAAUCACUCCAAACAUUCUUAAGCCUGAUAUAGCCGCUCCAGGAGUUAACAUUCUAGCUGCAUGGCCUCCGUAUGCUGCUGUUUCUGGCGUUCAAGGAGAUACUAGAUCAACAAAAUACAAGUUACUGUCUGGCACUUCAAUGGCAUGCCCUCAUGUUACUGGAGCAGCUGCCUAUGUUAAAUCCUUUCAUCCUAAUUGGACUCCUGCAAUGAUUAAAUCCGCACUAAUGACAACUGCUACCUCUAUGAGUCCUACAACGAAUGCAGAAGCUGAAUUUGCUUACGGAGCGGGGCAAAUCAAUCCCGUCAAGGCAGUGAAUCCUGGACUAGUUUAUGAUGCUAGUGAAAUUGAUUAUGUUAAGUUUUUGUGUGGUGAAGGUUAUGAUACAAGAAAGCUACAGAUUAUUACAGGAGAUAAUAGCACUUGUACGAAAGCAAAUAAUGGAACUGUUUGGGACCUUAAUCUCCCAUCUUUUGCUCUUUCCACAAUUCGCUCUACAAAAACUAGUGCCAUUUUUCGCAGAACCGUUACAAAUGUUGGAUCAGCUACAUCCACAUAUAAUGCUACAAUAACUACUCAUCCAUCUUCGUUAAUCAUCACAGUUUUGCCAAAUGUUUUGCACUUCUCAUCUUUGGGUCAAAAACAGUCAUUCACGCUUAAGAUUGAAGGGAGCAUUACUGCAGACAAUGUUUCUUCUUCUUUGAUUUGGGAUGACGGCACUUAUCAAGUAAAGAGCCCUAUUGUGGUCUACGUUCCCCCGUAAGUUUUCUACUAUGAACCUUGUCAAUGAAGAAAUAAGCCACAAGAUUGGCAAUGAUCAUGUUAUUUCUUGGCUUGCUUUUUCUCCUACCUAUUAAGUGUUAGUGCAUAAAUAUUUUGGUUACUUUGUAAACCAA